CCUGUAGAGGGCGCAAUGUGAGCGGAGCUGCGCAUGCGCAGUGUUCUUUGUGUACUUUCACGUUGGCUCUGCUCUUCGUGGGACCUUCUGCGUUUAAUCCGAAGCGAUGAGCUUUUUUUUUACUGGACAUUUCAGUAACGUGAGCGGAGUUUUACAAGUAGACAGACUGAGCUUCUUCCUCCCGGAUCAGGAUGAGAGCGGCAGAUUAUCGACGCUUUGAUCAGUGCACAGAACGUCUCAAUGCAUUAAUGUAUGACGUUCAUAAAUUAUAAUGUUUCGAGCGAUUCUUCGACUGUAAGCGGCAAGAUACUGUUUAUGAGGAACCAUAAAUGCUCAAAGUGGGCAAAAACAUUGGACGUCUGUGAAUAAGAUCAGCAUGACCCUGGCAUUGACCCCUGCGGCCGUGUGCCAGUGCUUCACGCUUGUGUCACUGUGCACGUCUAUCGCUGAUCCCAACUGGAUCCAGGUCCAGAACUGCUCUGAUUCGAGCAGCAGUCUCAUCUACGGUGUGGCCUUCACUCUACACGCCUAUCAGAAUCUGACAGACACAGGUCCGUUGGGUGGGCUGCAGGGACUGGGGAUGUGGCUGCUGUACUCUCUAGCUGCUCUCUGCUUCAGCGCCGUCCUGGUUUCCAGCUCCUCGUUCCUGCUGGAUUUCCUCGGAGCAGCUGUCAAUCACUCAAAGCUGAUCAUGUUACUGCACGUCUCUACAGCGUUCUUCUGCGUGGCGGUUGUGGGUGUGUGUGCGGCCUGCAUGAGUGUGAUUGAACACAACCUGCAUCGAGGGACGACUGAAAGCCGCCCGGCGCUCUGCAUGUCUGCAGGAGAAAGCCUUUACAUCGAGAUCGUGGGCCUGCUCUUCUCCUUCAUUGCGUGCACUUUGGCCCUCAAGGGUCGUCCUGAACCCGUCAGGCCCUGUGACUACCUGAGCGUGGAUGGAGCGCACAGUGACACGGAGCCUUUGAUUGGUGGAGCUGAGAGAGAGGAGUAAACAGACAGAGUUACACGCUUUAUUUCUUAUAGCAGAACAACGAGAGCAAUGCUGAACAAGAGCUGCUGUGUGAUCAGGUGAUCUCAGGAGUGUGCACAGAAUUUAAGCAUCGCCUCCAUUAGGUUCAUGAGUGUGAAUUUGAAUUGAAGUGAUCACAGCAUACAGGAUCUCAGAACGUUCUGGCAAGGUUCUCUGAACAGUAUCAUUAAUAGAACGUUAGUCUGUUACAAUGUUCCUUAAAACAUUAGCGCAAAAACAUUUUUAUGCAUCAUUUUCUGAAAUGUGUGCCUUGGAUAUUCAGCCAGUUUUUUUUUUUUAAAUGUUGCCGCUAGUUUCAAAACAUUCCGAGAGCAUUCAAAUGUAACAGAGAAUUAUUCAAAUGGAAUGUUCCAAAACGAUUUUAAAAGUUUGAAAACUGGGUUUUCGUACUUAAUUGGAACGUUUUAAGAACAUAUUUUUGUUCGCUGGGAUGUAGAAUUGACAGGAUUUGUUUAUUUAAUUAAAUUACAAUUCAAAGAAAUUCAGCAAUCACACAAAAGUUUUUUCGAUAAAACAUUGUCAGUAAUUUUGACUAGUUUAUUUGCUGAAAUGUAAAGCAUCAUUUUUCUCUAAUAUCUGGCUCUAUUUUUAGCCUCAGGGGUAAACUGGAGCAUUCUGGGAAAUGAAGUCUUCUACUGUAAUGAUUCAUAAAAUCACAUUUAAUUUGGUGGGACUUUACAAUCAGAUUCACAUUAAUAAUGAAUGACAUUAAUACAUUUUUAAGU